GCGGGUCUGAGCCAAUGGGCACGAACGGAACGAUAGUGACGGCCGAGGCGAGUAAUAUGGGCGGACAUUUUUCCUGAAUGGUUUGAGUCGCCUUGUUUAAAUAGUCCCCAUUCCCGUUCGCCGGCCUUGCGACUUGCUGGAGCACCCUCAGCACAUUCUCCGGAUUGCAUACUAUUUUGCAAAGUACACAGGCGACAAUGGAGUGGCUCGGACACGCAAAGAUUGAAUUUACACACGCUGCCAACCCUCGGGUUAUUCUCAACAAGGAUGGCAGCGAGACGGACUUGUUGAAGAUUGUCGAAAAGUCGACCCCUCCAUGCCAUCUGAACCCGUUGCUGUUCAACGGCCAUGUACAGACCAUGUGGACGGCAACAAAGCCUGAAGGCCCUAAAAUUUGGUACCGCCGUCGCAUGUUUGAGGCCGAGCUCGAAGCCUACAAGGGUACAUUCGCAGUCGACUUUGCUGUCGAGCCAUUCGAAGGAAGCGAAGAGGGCCUUCCCAGACGCACGACAAGUUAUACCGACGAGGAGUUUAAGAACAUUGCUUCGGAUGAUAAUAAGCCCAUGCUCGUUGUCUUGCACGGCCUUUCUGGUGGCUCGCAUGAGGUAUACCUGCGCCACGCCAUGGCACCUCUUCUGGGCGAAGGUGGAUGGGAGGCUUGCGUCGUCAACUCGCGAGGAUGCGCGCGUACCAAACUUACAUCUGGUAUGCUCUACAACGCUAGAGCGACUUGGGAUAUUCGCCAGACGGUCAAGUGGCUACGCAAGACCUUUCCCAACCGACCUCUGUUCGGCAUUGGCUUUUCUCUCGGCGCAAACAUUUUGACCAACUACUGCGGCGAAGAGGGCGAAGAUUGCGAGUUCAAGGCCGCCAUUGCGGUCGCCAGUCCCUUCAACCUCGAGGUUGCCAGCAAAAUGCACCACAGCAGCUACAUUGGUAUGGAGUUGUACCAGAGAGUGAUGGGCUCCGCCAUGAAGGCCAUGAUCAACAGCCACAGAAAAGAGCUUGAAGAAUACACUGAUCUCGAUCUUGAGGCCAUUGACAAGAUCACCUAUCUGAGGGAGUUUGACGAGCUUGUCCAGUGCAAGCUGUUUGGCUAUCCUACUGCCUGGUCCUACUACCGAGAUUCGACUUCGACAGAUGCCAUCUUGAACAUCAAGAUUCCAUUCCUCGCCAUCUCUUCAACAGACGACCCUAUUGCUGUUAAAGAGGCCCUGCCAUAUGCUGAAAUUAAGGCCAACCCCAACACCGUCUUGUUGACCACAUCUCUCGGAGGCCAUCUCUGCUGGUUCGAAAUGGGAGGCUCUCGCUGGCACACCAAACCUAUUUGCAACUUUUUGAACGCCAUUGCUUUCGAGGCUGAUACCAAGGCUAUCAAGCCGCUCAGCAAGAGCAAUGGAACCAAGCCCAUUGGCGGCCUCAACUACGCCCCCAUGCGACGCAAGCUCCAGUACCCUGGCAGUGAUUAGAUGAUAUUACUUAAUUUCUCUUUUGUUAUUAGAUGGUUAAAUUAAUAUAGAUAGACGGCACAUGUACGCGUAGACAAAAUGUAUAGAUAUCUUUUAUUGUCAUCAUACAAGAAUUGUCGGGGGAUAUGGCAUAAAUAGUCCCAUACGGUACAUGUCAUCCCAUCCUUGCUCCAAAACGCCAAACAAAUGCAAAUAAUUGACACACCCUUUUUGUAUCGGCCACACAAAACUUAAGCAAAGGAGACACGCUUCUUAGAAGACUUGGCCUUGGUUGCUUUGCUGCCGGUCGAAGCGUAGCUCUUGACGGUGUCGCCAUCCUCGUCGUCUUCACCCUUUCUCUUGCGCUUCUUGCGCAAAGACUGUUUUGUGUCUUCAAGUCGGUCUUUCUUUUCCUGUUCCUUCUUCUCGGUUUCGACGCGACGGGCUUCACGGAUCUCUUCCAUCUGACGGGCCUUGAUCAUCUUGGACUCAAUCUGACCAUCCUUUUCGGCUUGGACAAUGGAUAGAAUCGUACUCAUGCUCUCCUAAACAAAGAAUUAGUAUAAACAGAACAGAGAAGAGCCAUAUACUUCUGGCCGAGGUCAAAUUCAGAGUAAUGCAUACCUUAUCGUCGACAAAAAUCUUGCCCUUCUUCUUGCCCUUGGGCUUGACAACUCCAACAGGUGUAAUCAUGUUCAAGGUAGGGAUUCCGAGUUCGGCAUCCGUGUAUGUCUUCUUCUUGGGCUUCUUGAACAUGGCAAGAAUGUUCUUUUCCUUGACCUGCUGUGCCUUGGAAGGGCCCUUGGGCUUGGAUGGCUUGGACACGCCGGCCGAGGCCGACCUGCCACCAGAUCCGGACUUGCCUCCAGCUCCGGACUUGGAGGAAGAGCCCUUUCCUUUUGACGACUUUGAGUUGCUUGGCGCCAUUAUUGCUGGUUCGAAUUCACAAUUGCU